AUGUACGCAAGCCGAAACCCCCUGUACUUCCUUAUUCCUCUCCUUCUGGUCUAUUUGGCUGCGGCACAGGAAGAGGUUAACAUCGAAGCUGCACCAGUUAUAGCUGAGGACGAAGCAAGCGAUGGAGCUUGUUUGGAUAUCCUUGGGGGUACGGUUAUGGAUACUAUGGACACCCUUACGGAUUCGGCUGUGGUUAUGGCUAUCCUUGUGGACCAUAUGGACCAUAUGGGUUUGGCGGUUUUUACGGCUAUCCAUGGUUGA